UAGAAAAAAAAGAAAACAGAACCAAGAAAAAAUGAAGAAACCAGUCUCAAAAUGCCUGAACUCACUCUAUAACACUAACCCUAACUAUCAUCUUUUACCCAGAAAAGAGAAAGUAAAAAGAAAAGGAAAAGAGGUGACCAAAGCUUCGACGCAACGUGACUUCAUGGUCGCUUAGGGUUUAUGUUACUUUCUCUUGCAAUCAGCACUGCAGCCACGAAGAAUAACUCAAUUUUAGGAAAUAUCUGGAAAUAUUUAUGGAAAUAUCUGGCGGCUCUGUGUUUGCUGGAUCUGACUUUAAUGCAAGGAAGAAGAGGAGCAAUGGGUCUCGUCGUCCUCGCAGAGACUCACAGUCGUUGAUGCAGGGCCAUAAUUUUAUGCCCCAACCCACGCAACAUUUAGUUAGCGGAACCAAUGAGGUUGGCUCUGAUGGACUAGGAAGUGAUAAUAAGUUGAAGAAGCUAAAGCUCAAGCUUGGUGGUGUUACUCAUACAAUUCACGCUAAAUCUGCAGCAGAUUAUGCCUCUGGAGGACAGAGCUUUGGUGAAUCUCAGCGCCAACAGCUGUCGCUUCGCCUGGACAACGGAGAUAGCAGUUGCUUCUAUCCUACUUGUGGUGGGAAAGACAUGAGAAUUCAAUCAAAAGAUUUCUCUGGAAUCGUUUCUAGUUCUGGAAGUUUUUCAAGGGGUAAGGUAUCAGGUGUUCUUGUGAACGCAACAAACAAUAAUGAGUCAGUUCGCAAGAGUAGGCGGAUUCCCAAGAGACGUGUCCUGGAUGUAGGAUUUGAUGACGAUGAAGAUGAGGAGAUACGGUACCUUGGGAAACUCAAUUCUUCGAAGCUUGUUGCAGACCAGGGGUACGAGGAGGAUGAAAGGAGAGAGAAAAAAUGGAGGAUAUUGAAGAUAACAACUGGUAGCCGAAGGGAUGAUGCCAAAUUUUCUAACGCUAUAGAAAAUCUGGGAUCACGAAACAUUGGUAAAGAUGAUAGAAAGAAGUCAAGAUCAGAUAAAGUGUAUGAGGAUCAAGAUUACAUCGAAGAAGAAGAACCUAUAUCAGAUGAUGAACCUGAAUCUGAAAUGAAGCAAAAAAGGGUAUCGCUUGAUUUAUAUGUAGGAGGAAGAAAUGAGUUGAUUCCCACUACUCGCAAACAAGCCCUUUUGUCUGGAAAAGAUGUUUUAUCUGGUGGCAUUGAGUGCCCAAAUGGUUUACCUUCUUCCCCACCUAAAAAACAGAAGGACAAGUUUACUGAAGUGGAGCAGCAACUGAAGAAAGUGGAGGCUGCACAGAGACGUAAAAUGCAAUCGGAGAAGGCAGCCAGGGAAGCUGAGGCUGAGGCGAUCAAAAAAAUUCUUGGUCAAGAUUCUGGAAGAAAGAAGAAGGAAGAAAAGAAAAGGCAUGCAUUGGCACAGGAGAGGGGUGCCAAAACAAACACACUUGCAUCGAACACCGUUAGAUGGAUCAACAGUCCCAAUGGUACAGUCGUCGUAUUCUCUCAAGAUAUUGCUCUACCAAGUAUAUUCAAUUCAGCACCCUGCAGGUACAGUUAUCCCCCACCAAGGGAAAAAUGUGCUGGGCCAAAUUGUACAAAUGCAUACAAGUACCGGGAUUCUAAGUCUAACCUUCCUCUGUGUAGUCUCCAAUGUUACAAGGCGAUUUCAUGAAAGAAUGCCCGCUUUGAUUGCAUGCUAAUGUGAUCCCUUUUUUUGUAGUCAAUAAAUUAUAUGAUUUUGUUGAAUGUUGGUUUCAAACGAUAGUCGGAUGACAGACCACAUUGUACAUGACAGGUUGAGGAAUCCAAUCUCUCAAGAACGGGAAUUUUGUAACCAUUUAAGUUGGCAGAACAUAAUUGAGUUGUCAAUGGUCUUUUACCCUGUUCUUUUUC